AUGCAAGACUCUGGCGAGAGCGAGGAAACUUACGAGACUCGCAAUCUAGCUGACUUUAUCGGCCAAGACUUACCAAAAGUCGGCGAGAUCUCACGUUCUGAACGCCUCUACUUUAUCGGCACCGAGUUCUCGAACCUCAAUCAUCUCGUGCGUCACAGAGCUCUACGAAGGGAUCAAAAGGACGUGUUGCACUUUGGGACGCGUAGACUUGCGAGAAAGGUUCCUUCAGUUCCCGAAGAAGCUCUAAAGUUACCCCCUAAAGCCUUGGCUGAUGAGCUUGUCACAGCGUAUUUCAUCCACGUCAAUCCAGGGUUUCCAAUUGUCGAUGAGGAUGAAUUCAUGACAAGCUAUAAGGGCUCUGAUGUUCCGAAACUAGUCUCCUUGCCAUUGCUGAACGCCAUAUUUCUCGUUGGCGCCCACGUACUCUCCUCGACCCGGGACGACUGUAGGGCCAGCACUUAUACCUUCUUCCGUAGAGCCAAAACGCUCUUCGACUACCGCUUCGAGCAGCACCGUGAGACGUACCUCCAAGUUGCUCUCCUGUUGACAUGGCAGUGCGACAACCUCGAAGACAUCGUUGAUAACUCAUGGCACUGGAUCGGAAUCGGGGCCCGCACUGCCUUUGGAAUGGGCAUGCAUCGGGACGCCCGUGCCAGUACCCUGAACGCCAUAGACAAACGUCAAUGGGUCCGGCUCUGGUGGUGCCUAUUUCAAUUUGACGUCAUGGUUUCGGCUUCGUUUGGUCGACCGCAAGCAAUAAACCUAGAAGAGUCGGACACCCCAAUGCUCGACGAAAGUCAUUUUCAAGGCAUUCCUCAUGGCAACCCAACUUUCGCCAUCGAGCAUACAAAGCUGUGCAUCAUCUUCUCCAAGGCCAUGAGACGGCGUGUAGCCUUACGAGCCACAGAAGCCGACAGAGUAGUGGCAACCAAGGAAGCUGAUGAAGAACUUGCUGAGUUCAUAACCCAACUGCCACAAAGCCUCCAAAUCCCGCACUCCCACCCGGACACUUGGCAAGCAACUCUUCACCUAUCGUAUCACAACUUUCUUAUCCUUCUCCACCGACCUCCGCCUCAUCAAGAUCCGAACCGGGUUUCACCUCACUCCGCCACGGAUCACAGCAUCUGUAGCGAUGCCGUUGUAGCGAUAGACUCUAUCUUUGCAUCUCUCCGCUCAAGGAAAUCGUUAUGCAAUCUAUGGUUGCCUUCCGUCCAUGUUCUUUUCACUAGCCUGCUGCAUGUUGCCAGUGAGCUCAACUCUCCCAAUCCUCUCAUUGCUGCAAAGUCAUCCCGCAUGUUUGACUCUCUUAUCCACACACUCCAAGAUAUAUCCCAGUAUUGGAUAUAUGCCAAGAGUCUACUUCGGCUGUUUGAGGAACGGGCUAUGUGGAAAAAGAGACCGACAGAAUCAUCUGAAGAUCGUUCCACUCAACAAAGUCAAGAGUCUCCGAUUACUCGUACGGGCGUUUCUGAUUCGCUGCGCCCUGAUCCUCUAGGUGUCUCCAGUAUCAUGGGCGAUGCUCCAUCAACUCUUCAAACAACUUCUGCCCCACUACCUGGACCAGCAUAUGGCUUUAAUUUCGACAUCGGUGUGAACCAGGGUCUUUCAUACGGCGAGGGCUUCUCAAACGGCCUUGACAUAGCCGGGAAUGGGAGCGAGGCCAUGGAUCUCCUUCCUGUGCCUUCGGUAUUGGAGUUUCUACUGGCUGGUGUUGAUAAUCAGUAUGACUUCUGA